ACUCGCAGCACGUCGUCGUCGAACCCGCUCGCUUUUCUUAGCCUUUCGAAGGCGGUUCGUGUCUCGCGCAACGGUAAUUCACUGCGUUCGCCCGCUCGUGAUUGGUCUGUCGAUCGUAUCUGGUCACUGGUCUCCUGUCUCCUCGCACCUUGACUCCUUGAGGGGUUCCACAACUGGGCGGUUGGUUCACUUCGCUUGGCGCACGCCUCGCCGCCUCGUCGGCUAUUAUUACUUGGUCCUCGCCGCAGAUAACUCGAGAUCUUCAGCAUCCACGCUGCUAAGUCGCGUUCACUCUGGUAUUUGCAGCGUCCCAGCCGGCUGUCGAAGUCUCAGCUCCCACUUCUCAAGUAGAAAUUCACUCUCAGACACCAUGGCAAGUCGACCGGUUCAGAAGAUGGGCUCGUUGGCCAAGCUCCGUCAGCAGGAGGCCACAGCCACCAAUGUAGCGUCGCCUAAAGGCAUCUCCAUCAAGACGCCGGGAAAGGUCCCGGUAGCGCAGACCGGAGGGGACCAUUCCCUUGGCCUGCAACGUCGUCGACUAUCGGUAGUUAGUGACAACAAGCUGGUCGAUGGGAUGGCUGCAGCUAGUAUUGAAGACGUGGAUAGUAGCGAGCAGGCUCUGGCGGACGCUAAUUGCGCAGUGGUAGCCUUUGCCGGGUUAUCUAAGAAGGGGUACGCUCCCUAUAACCCACGCAAGAAGAACCAGGACGCAAUGGUGAUUAAGUACGACGAAACCACACAGUCACUGCUCUUGUGUGUGUUUGACGGACACGGUGAAGCCGGUGACGGCGUGUCCGGCUCUAUCCGCGACAAGUUCGCUACGGAACUCUUCGCCCACGACAAGUUCGCGCGCUCUGGAGACAUCAAGCAGGAUGCCGAGAGUCUACAAACCGCCAUUUUGGAUACACUACAAUCCGUGGAGCAGGCCGUGCUGCGCGAUCCGAGUAUUGAUACCGAGUUCAGUGGGACAACGGCAGUAGUGAGUGUAGUGCGAGACAACCUGGUGGUGGUCGGGAACGUCGGAGACUCCCGUAUCACUCGAGGCUUCGUCAAGCAGGCUGGUCCUUCAGGUCCGGACUCCAUGGGCUGUCAGGAGUUAUCUAUUGAUCACAAACCUGACCGACCGGACGAAAAGGCUCGUAUUAUCGCCAGUGGUGGUCGAGUGUUCGCUGUAGAGUACGACGACGGCAUCGAUGGCCCUCCUCGUGUCUGGCUGGGACACAUGGACGUCCCAGGACUCGCCAUGUCCCGCUCACUGGGAGAUGCGGUGGCACACACGGCUGGAGUCCUCUCGGAGCCGGAAUUCACGACUCGGUGGCUCGAUGAACACGACCGCUGCCUCAUUGUAGCCACUGACGGUCUGUGGGAGUUCAUGUCCAAUGAGGAAUGUAUGGAGAUGGCCAUGGGCCAGCAAGACCCGAAAGUUGCUGUGGAUCUGCUGAUCAUGGAGGCAAACCGUCGCUGGAUGAAGGAGGAGCAAGUCAUCGAUGAUACCACCAUCAUCGUGGCGUAUAUUGACACGGUCGGGGUCAAGGAAGGCGACAAGGUCACGGCAUAACUCUUGAAAGAGCGGAUAUACAGUAUACACACCGUGACGCUGUGGCUUCUAUAUCGUCCGUCCUGCUCUUCUCGCUUAAUUUAAAAAUUAAUUAAAUAAAGCUCCACAUCGCUCUUUGUAGCACCAUAGCA